CCCGUCCCUGGCUUGGAGGGGAGGGGUAGAAGGACCUGCUGUAACACACUUGCAACCUGGGAACCAACUCUGAGCUCAGUGUUCCGGAUUCCGUUUUUUUCACUUUUUCAACAAAACUCUGCAGCACUUGUCCAUGGUAUACAUGUAGUUCUAGAUAGAAUCUUUCGAAACAACAUCACCAAGGGCUGUGCCUCAAAUUAUAGGCUCAACCCCAAUAACUAUAUUGUAAAUUUAAAUACAAUAAAACUAUAUAAAAAAGCCUGCUCCUCCUGCACCGUUUUCCUUCUCAUUGUUCCAGACUGCUACCCGGCGUCCGCUGCAGCUCUUCCAUGCAGUUCCAGCGUGUAAGCCACACCUAUAAGUGCCUGGCCUGUACGCAUCUCGUUAUGUUUGUAUGCUCACGUCCCUUUUUUACUCUGUCUGCGUGCUGGCAAGGAAACAUCACUCCGUAACUGGGCCGGCCUCAGGAAGCUUCAGACGCCCAUUAUUUGGUUGGUUCUGUCCUUGUAGGAAGAGAACAGGGAACUGGUUACAUGCACAGAAGGAUCCUAUUCAGCAGCACCGUCAGCGCUUGUCUGCGUGGUUCAGCUGUUUGCCUAUGGAAGAACGACACUUUGGACCUUCCUUUGCUCUGGACUCCAUGCAUGUGGAUCCUGUUAUUCGGGAACGUUCACUGGAAGAUAUUCUGCGUCCAGUGUCUGAAUUUAAUUUGCAGACUCAACUGCAAAGUACACUGUGUCCAAAGAGUAUGACGGUCUUUCAGUUGUUUCAGCCACAAAAAUCUGGCAACCCUGUUCGGAAUGUAGUCCUAUAUGGCACCGUUGGCACUGGAAAGAGCACACUCAUUCGGAAAUUUGUGUUGGAUUGGUGUCAUGGGCGUAAUAGUGAGUUUCAACUGAUAAUUCCUCUUUCUUGUGAAGAUCUGUCCCACGUUACUGCCCCAGUGUCACUGACACGGCUCAUUAGCAGGAAGUAUCUUCAUUUGCGGGACAUGUUCCCCACACUGUCCGAUUAUUCUGGUGUGCUCUUCAUACUCAACAGUCUAGAGUGGAUGAAUCUAGAUUUCAGGAUGGCCAACACAGAGUUGUGCAGUGAUCCGAACGAACCCAUGCAUCCUGCAGCUCUCCUUGUAAACCUAUUGAGAGGAUACCUGCUGCCUGAGGCAAAUGUCUUGGUCACCACUCGUCCUUCUGCACUGAAACGAAUCCCUAGGAAGUAUAUAGGCCGGUAUGCAGAGAUCUGUGGUUUUUCAGACAUGGAGCUGCAGAAGAUGUAUUUCCACUUGCGUUUGGUCCACAAAGAUGCCGAUCCUCGGGAAACUGAGAAUUUGGCAGAGAUGUUAAGCCGAAAUUUAGAACACCACAGCCAGUUGUCCGCUGCCUGUUUCUUGCCUUCAUAUUGCUGGUUAACCUGUGCCACAUUGCACUUACUGUACUAUACAAAAUCUGAUGGCCCUCCUAUGACAUUGACUGGCAUUUACACCAGCUUCCUGCGACUUAACUUUGCUGGUGAAAUAUUAGACAUAACACAUCCCUCUAAGAUUUCUCUCAUGCGAUAUGUUGCACGUACUGUAGGCAAGCUGGCUUAUGAUGGCUGUCAUUCCCGACGUACACGAUUUACUGAAGAAGAUAUUAAACAGUGCUUUCAGGUGGAAUUGAACAGUGAGGAGGAGCUCAACCUUCUGACUGUCUUCCGAUCUGAUGCCUUUCGUUUCUUUCUGACACCUUGUGUCCAGCCAGACCGAGCCAACCUCUUUGUCUUCACCAUACCUGCUAUGCAGGAGUACCUUGCUGCACUAUAUGUCGUGUUGGGAGAAAAUAAAACUGCUCUGCAACGCCUGGGCAAAGAAGUGUCUGAAAUUAUCAGCAAAGCUGGGGAGGAUGUGGUUGCAGUAGUCAAUGUACUGUCCAAAUUUCUUCCUCUACGCAUCUUUGCACUUUUUAACCUGUUACGUGUGGUGCCACGGCUUUAUGGCAGGGUCAGUGGACAGAGCCGUGAUAACAUAGCUCAAACAAUGACUGCAGAAAUGUUUAGAGAGGAGGAUUCUUAUAAUGAUGAUGUUUUAGACCAGAUAAACUCCAGUAUACUGGGUGUUGAAGGACCAUCUCAGCUAGCAGAGGAAGACGAUCGACCAGAAGCAUUUGAAUUAUUUCCCAUUUUCAUGGGGGGGCUUUUAUCCCAUCAGAAUCGAGUAAUGCUUGACCAACUAGGCUGUUCCAUCAUGAACAUGGAAGCACUCAAAAUCACAAGUGCUCUAAAAAAGCAUUUGCUGAACUGCAGCCUUCGCAGGUUGCCGCCUUCUGAGCUAAUGGACUUUCUUUUCUUUUUAUAUGAGUUUCAAAAUGAUGUGUUUACAGCUGGAUUGGUGAACUCACUACGUGAUCUAGACCUUUCCAAUGUGCGUAUGACACCUCUGAAAUGUACUGUGGUGGCUGCUGUAAUUGGCAACACAGGGAAACUGCUGACUGACGCCAAUCUCAGUUCCUGUCACCUAGAUCCCGAUGCCAUCCGUACACUGGCACCAGUACUACGAAGAUGCCAGAAUGUAAAUUUACAGAUGAACUCACUAGGUCCUGAUUCCUGCAGAGAAAUAAAAGACCUUCUGCUGCAUGGAGACUGUGCAAUCGCCAGCCUACGAUUAUGCAAUAACCCAUUGGCACCAGAGGGUGCACGUUUCGUUGUGGAUGGACUAGCUGGUAAUAGCUCACUGAAGAACCUUUCACUCCUGCACACGGAUCUUGGAGAUGAUGGAGCUGAGAUACUAGCAGCUCAGCUGGGAAGAAAUAAGCACUUGCAAGAAUUGAAUCUGGCAUACAAUGGAAUCCACGAUGAUGCUGGUCUCAAGCUGGUGGAAGAAGCUGCACGUCACCCAACACUGGGCAGAGUACAUCUCUACUUUAAUGAACUGUCGGACAGUGGACUCCGAGCCAUGCAGACUCUGGGAGACGUCCGAGUCCUUGUGUCUCUCACAGAAGGAAGAGAUGCAUCACGUCAUUGGGCUCUGAUAUUAAGGGAGGUGAAGGCCAAUGCUGGAGGCUGGGAUCAUGCACGAAUGAGUGCUCACCUUACUCUGCUUUUACGAGAUCUGCAAAGUAGCCGGGCACUGACCCAAAAUCUAUGGCGCAAAGUGCGAAUUCUCCGUGUGGAGACUGAGGUCAAACGUAUGCUGAGCAGCAUUCAACAGGGAAAGCUCUGACAGUAUGUUGUCACCCAUUAAUUUCAGUAGUUUUCUAUCUAUUUUGCUGAAAAUAUACUGUAAAUUACAUAGAUCAGUAGUCAACUGUAAGUAAAUGUCAGAAGCGUUUAUUGAAUGUUUAAGCUGUACGUGCAAUUUUGUUAUCCAUACGUAUUUGCUUUAUAAAUAAUAAUAAACCUAAGUAAUAAAACUGCUAUAUAUUAUAACUUGA